AUGGCCCAUUGCAUUCGCAUUGUGUGCAUUUUAAAGAUGGCUGUCAAUAAGCCAAGAACCCACAACGUCUCCGUGAAGAAUAAAUAUUCUGUGAAUCUCCUCUACAGGAAUUAUGCAGAUGAGGUUAGCGUGACUGUAGAUGUUAUAGUCAACACUCAAGCUGUCCAGCGCCACUCCUCUUCCACGUUGAAUGACGCCCAGAGCCCAGGGCACCUCUGCCUCGCGUCGGAUUGUGGAGACGUGACAUAUAAUACUGAAUUUAGUUCACCUGGAGAUUUCGUCCUUGGAGGAUUAUUCAAAGUCCACGACAUAGAAGACGUCUCAACAAGAUCCAUACCGCUGAUUGACGUUUGUCACAGCAGUAAUGUGCACUUGCCUCAGGGAUUACAUGACAAUGCUCAGCAACAAUACGGAUCAUCGGUACACCGCCUGCUGCCCUGGGUGAUGGUAGAACCAUAUGAUGGAGUGAAGGGUACCUUUAUUUCCCUUCGGUUUCACUUCCUUCAGGCAAUGAGGUUGGCCAUUGAGGAGAUCAAUAACUCAACCAUACUGCUCCCCAAUAUUACACUGGGCUACGAGGUUUUUGACACCUGCUCGGAAGCCGCCAACAUAUAUGGAACUUUGAGAAUGCUUUCUCAAUGCUCACAGCCCUAUAUCAAGAUUCAGAACAACUUUACCAACUACAAACCAAACAUCAUCGCCUUGAUCGGACCAUACAGCAGCAGUUUUUCUUUUGUGACUGCCAACAUUAUGUCCUUGCUCCUUGUACCUGAGAUAAGUUAUUCUGCUUCAAAUAAACACCUUAGUCUGAAACAGAUGUACCCCUCGUUUUUUCGAACGAUUCCCAGCGACAAUCUUCAAGUUCAAAUUAUGCUGAGUUUGUUGAAGACGUUUAAUUGGACAUGGGUGGCCAUGGUCGGCAGUGAUGAUGUCUAUGGCAGACAAGGGUUACAGGACCUAAUCGCCUUGACUACUAAAAAUGGCAUCUGUGUGCCUUACUAUGGGAUAAUCCCAAAUACCAACGACAGAACCUAUAUUAAGAAGAUGGUGGACAAUAUAGUCCAGACUCAUGUUGGGGUAAUUGUGGUAUUUUCUGCAUAUAAUAGUGCUCAGAUAUUACUUGAAGAAGUGAUUAAGGCCAACAUCACCGGAAGGGUCUGGAUCGGCAGUGAAGAUUGGCUAGUUUAUCCUGAAAUUGCAGCUCUGCCGAAUAUACAGUCUAUUGGCACCAUUUUUGGGGUCUCAGUAAGCGAAAUCUACUUUCCCAAACUCUUAGACUUUGAGACAGCCUAUGUCAGCUCCUUCAAAUCCCAAGAUGUGAGUGAAUAUAAUUGUAACCAGGUUUGUGACAAAUGUCGGUCAUUCACGUUGCAGAACAUGUCCAUUCCUGGCCAGGCUACCAUGUCAGCUUCUUUUAACAUCUAUGCGGCAGCGUAUGCCAUAGCCCAUGGCCUGCAUGGACUUCUGAAUUGUAGAUCUGGACAAUGCAGUAAUGGCACUUACUAUCCGUGGCAGCUCCUGCAGCAUGUGAAGAAGGUGAAUUUCACUCUCUACAAUCAGUCCAUUUCUUUUGACGCUAACGGAGACCCGGCCAUGGGCUAUGACAUAGUCAUGUGGUCUUGGAUCAGAGAGAGCCCAACUUUCAGAGUCGUCGGCUCUUACAGUAAAACCACACAGAGGCUGCAACUCAAUGAGAGACUGCCGUGGAACACCAAGAAUAGUACAGUUCCGGAAUCGUUUUGUUCUACUGAAUGUGGGAAAGGAGAGAGACGGGUGCAAACUGGCUCCUACGUUUGCUGUUUCAAUUGUUUUCCUUGCCCAGCAAUGACCUUUCUUAAUACAAGUGAUCUUUAUUCCUGCCAACCUUGUGGAUCUGACCAGUGGUCUCCAAUGAGAAGUGACAGCUGUUACAAUAGAACUUUGGAAUAUCUUUCCUGGACGGACCCAUUAUCCCUCAUCCUUCUGUCUGUCAUCACAUUGCUGAUACUUGUAAUCACUGCUACAGCCACCAUGUUUGUAAUGAAUCUGAGCACUCCUGUAGUGAAAUCAGCAGGAGGGAAGAUGUGUUUGGGGAUGUUAUUGUCCUUAGCACUCUCUUGUCUCACCUUGUACUUUUAUUUCGGCAAGCCGGAGGUUGUCACGUGUAUAGUGAAGCAACCUAUCUUUGCCCUGAGUUUCACUGUCUGCUUCUCCUGCAUCCUGGUCCACGUCUUUCAGAUCGUGUGCAUUUUCAAGAUGUCCUCACUUAUGCCAAAACUAUACGACUUGUGGGUGAAGAAGAAUGGCUCGGAUAUUUUCAUUGCUGUCAGCACCGCCAUUCAGGUUCUGAUCUCUGUUGUGUGGAUUGCGGUGAAGCCACCAAGGCCUACAGCAGACUAUUCCACCUACCCAGAUCAGAUCAUACUGAAAUGUUCUGAGACGGUGUCUGUAGGCUCCAUUGCUGAAAUCACUUACAUCGGGUUCCUCUGCAUGAUAUGUUUCAUCUUCUGUUACAUGGGGAAAGAUUUACCAGCGAGCUAUAACGAGGCCAAGUGUAUCUCAUUCAGUUUACUGGUCUACUUCUUCUCCUGGAUUGCGUUCUUCACCACUUACAUUGUCUAUCAAGGGAAAUACCUUGCAGCGGUCAAUGUGUGUGCUGUCCUUUUCAGUGUUUUAGGGAUUCUCAUUGGUUACUUUGUUCCAAAAUGUUAUAUCAUUCUGUUCAGACCAGAACUGAACACUACAGAACAUUUCCAGGCGGCCAUCCAGGAUUACACCAAGAAACAGUCGGCACAGGAAUAG